UAUUUAAUUAAGUAUAUAUUAUAAGGACCAAAAUUAGAGUGUAUGGAUGUUAAGGGACCAAAAACGCAAAUACCUAAAUUUAUCACCGGGAAAUGUCCCUAAUUCACCUGAAACCGCCGUAUCACGGCCGUUCGCCGCCCCUUCGCCGCCACAAACUCACAGUGCCCCGCCAGGUAACCAAACCAAUCACUAACAUCAUCUUCAAUUUCUCCAUUUCCACCUCUGCCUUAACAGUAAAAUCAUCAUCUACACGCGCCGCUGCAAACUCCGGCAAGUUUAUUUCUCCAUUCACCUCUAUAGCUCCUCUUAAACCUUAUCUCCUUUCGGAAUGGAAACCAAUUCUCUGUGGAUGGCUCUGUAGUGUAUUAUCUGUUUACUCUCUGUCCAAAAUUAUUCCCAAAGUGGGAAAAUUCUCGUCUCUCGUGAAUCCGUUGGAUGUUGUGAGGCUGAGAGCGGAGUGUUUGGUUUUGGGAGGUUUGUUUUUCGUUCGACUCGUUGGUAAUUAUCUGCAACAAGCGUUUCUAUGGGAAGCUGCGUUGAAUUGCGUGUAUAAGAUGAGGAUUUGUGUUUUCCAUAAGGUUUUGCAGAGAGAUUUAGGGUUUUUUGAGGGAGAAAAAGGGAUUGCUGCUGGAGAUGUUGCUUAUAGGAUUACUGCUGAAGCUUCUGAUGUUGCUGAUACUGUUUAUUCUCUCUUGAAUACUAUUGUUCCAAGUAGUCUUCAAUUAUCAGCAAUGGCAGUUCAGAUGUUGGUCAUCAACCCUGUUUUAUCAUUACUUUCCGCCUUGGUGAUCCCAUUGAUGGGUUUUGUGAUUGGUUACUUGGGCGAAAAACUUCGUGAUGUAUCAAACAAGGCACAUCUUGCUGCUGCUUCUCUCUCUUCCUAUCUGAAUGAGAUCCUCCCAUCAAUUCUUUUCGUGAAGGCAAACAAUGCAGAGUCCUGUGAAAGAAAGAAGUUCCAGUCACUUGCUUUUGCUGAUCUAUCUGCGACUAUGGGAAAGAAGAAGUUGAAGUCAUUUAUUCCUCAGUUGGUACAGGCAAUAUAUUUUGGCACCUUACUCACAUUUAGCGCUGGAACGCUGCUUGUUUCAAAAGGUUCAAUUGAUUGCUCUGCCAUGGUUUCUUUUGUGACAUCCCUGGUUCUUUUGAUCUCCCCAAUCCAGGAUGCGGGAAAAGCUUACAAUGAAUUAAAACAAGGAGAGCCAGCAAUUCAGCGCCUAUUUAGUUUGAAAACAUUUGAACCAGAGGAAAUUGUGAACCCAGAUGCUGUUGACUUAGAUUGUGUUGCUGGAGAAGUAAAAUACUCUAACGUCUCUUUUAGAUAUGGAGACAAUGGACCUCUUGUAUUGAAAAACACGGACUUACAUAUUAAAUCUGGAGAAAUAGUUGCUCUCUGUGGACCAUCAGGAGGAGGAAAAACGACUCUUGUAAAACUCCUUCUUCGCUUAUAUGAUCCUUUACAAGGUUCCAUUCUCAUUGAUGGUUUGGAUAUUAGAGGCAUACGAAUCAAGAGUUUAAGGAGAAACAUUGGCUUGGUCUCUCAAGAUACAACAUUAUUUUCUGGAAGUGUUGCCGAGAACAUUGGAUAUAGGGAUAGAAUGGCUGGUAUUGAUAUGGAGAGGGUGAAGCUUGCUGCCAGAAAUGCAAGUGCGGAAGAAUUUAUUGAAGCGCUGCCUCUUAGCUAUGAGACAAAUGUUGGACCUAGGGGCUCAAUUUUCAGUGGAGGGCAGAAGCAAAGAAUAGCUAUUGCUCGGGCUCUUUAUCAGGAUCCAUCUAUUCUAAUAUUGGAUGAAGCUACUUCAGCAUUGGACAGCAAGUCAGAGCUGUUGGUAAGACAAGCUCUGCAGCACCUGAUGCAAAAUCGUACUGUUCUCUCUGUUAACCAUGAUGUAGCAUAUGGAAUGGAAAUAUAUACGAAUCUUACCUACCAAAAAGGAAGUACAAAAAAGCAAAUGCCUAUUCUGGUAAAGCGGGUACUAGUGAUUGCUCACCGCUUGGAAACAGUUUUAAUGGCUGAACGAGUUUUCCUUUUAGAGGAUGGAAACUUGCAGGAGGUUCCUCGCGCCUCUCUUUUGGACAGUCAAAGUGGUUCACUAGCAUCGAUGGGUUUAACAAUAUGAUGUUUAUAUGAAGCUAAAGGUCUGCUUCUUGGAAAUGAAUAUGCAUUUGUUGCUCUAGUAUGGAAGUAAUGUUCUACAACUUCCUUAUCCUUCCCAUGUAAGCUGCUCGUCGCGUCAAAUGCCCCUUUAUAUGAAGCUAAAGGUCUGUAAAGUGUUGUAAAUUGCUCGUACAAGUACUUACAGAGUGAUGUAUAUCAUUGUAUAUCUUUACAUACGUUAGAAAAUGCACUAGAGGCAAUACAAUGAUGUUUUGGUUUUUUUUGGGCCUCGUAUAUUCUAGUGGUAAAUGAUCAAUUAAAU